GGGAGGCGGGCCGAGCCCAUCCUCUUCCUCGGCGUCCUCGCAGCAGCUCCGCCUCGGCCAGGCGUCACUUCCCCGGGAGGAGAGAGGAAGAGGAGGAGGAGGAGGAGGAAGGCGAAGAGGAGAAGAUGGCGGCGCUGGGGGAACCUGUGCGCUUGGAGAGAGACAUCUGUCGGGCUAUUGAGUUGCUAGAAAAGUUGCAGAGGACUGGAGAGGUGCCCCCACAAAAACUGCAGGCUUUGCAAAGAGUCCUUCAAAGUGAGUUCUGUAAUGCAGUAAGGGAGGUAUAUGAGCAUGUAUAUGAGACUGUGGACAUCAGCAGUAGCCCAGAAGUGAGAGCUAAUGCUACAGCCAAGGCCACUGUUGCUGCCUUUGCUGCCAGUGAAGGCCAUUCCCAUCCCAGAGUUGUUGAACUACCAAAAACAGAAGAAGGGCUUGGAUUCAACAUCAUGGGCGGCAAAGAGCAAAACUCUCCAAUCUAUAUAUCCCGAAUUAUCCCAGGUGGUAUUGCUGAUAGACACGGGGGAUUGAAGCGUGGAGACCAGCUUCUUUCUGUAAACGGAGUGAGUGUUGAAGGGGAACAUCAUGAAAAAGCUGUGGAACUGCUGAAAGCAGCUCAAGGAAGAGUUAAGCUGGUUGUACGAUACACACCCAAAGUCCUGGAAGAGAUGGAGUCCCGAUUUGAAAAAAUGAGAUCAGCAAAGCGCAGACAACAGAAUUAAUACUGUACAUAUAACUUAUGAUAAGCAUGACUUUUGUCUGCUCCACCCAUGGAAGAUGAUCUUGUACUUAAAAAGGUGUUAAUUUUGUUAAUUCUUAAAUCUUUUACAAAUCUGUGUUGGACAUCCUAAUGCUUCCUCAGAAGAAACGUUUACAUGGGCAUUUUAAACUAUGUCGUUUUACAGAUCUUUCUUUAAAGUUCAAGCCUGUAAUCAUCAAAACAAAUUUGUACACAGUUUUUUAAAUACACACUUUAAUACGCUGUUUUCAGCAUUUCUAACAUCUGUUUUCUAGUACUUUUUCCAUUUGGUAUUGUUUAAAACUGGAAUUCUUUAUUUUGAAUACAGAUAUAAAGCAAGUCUUACUCUUCUUGGCUAUAAAGCAUGUAUCAUCUCUGUGCAAAUAGCCAUAAUUGUAUGGCUAAGUACAAUUUGUACUUUUGAUGAACAAGUUUCUAUGCAUAUUCUAGAUCAUAAUUUUAUAUUGUUAAUGGCAUCUUGAACACUUUCUUACCUCUUUUGUGAAUAAUUUGUAGCAGGCCUUUAUUUAAUGUUUCAAUGACUGACAUGUGAGCAGCUAUCAUUCCUGUUAUUUAUACAUACUUUUGUAGUAAUCUUUCAACAUUUGGAGAAACAACAAAGCUGUAUAUUUAUAUCUAGCAAGCUAAAGGUUGCAUGCCGUGUAGGGAAACAAAGCAUGUGCUUGUUCUUAACUUUCUCUUGUCUUGUAACUUACUUUAACCAUGCUCAUGGAGGAUAAGGCCAUCAAGUGCUAGUAAUCAUGAUGGUUAUAUAAUAGAUAGUAGAGGAGUUUGGGGAACACAAAUCAAAGGAUGAUGCUGUACUUAAUGUAUUGUUUCUGGGUUUCCCUUGGCUACUUUGUGAACUGAAUGCUGGAUCAGAUGUGUUUUUGGUCAUAUCCAGGGCUGCUGUCAUGUUCCCAGUGAUGGUGAAUGUGACCUACAUCAUGACUCUUGUGGGUAUUUGUCCAUUUCUUGUCAGAGCAUAAGUUCUUUGAAUGUCCCUUUUUUGCUAUGUUUAUAAUAACAUAGAAACACGAACUGAUUUUAGGAUUUCUUUUGUAGAAGUUCAAGGCAAGUAAAUGAGGAUAUUCCUAGGUAGUGCACUUCUGCAUGGAUAGUUUUGGCCCCAAAUUCUGGAAGACAGUUUCUCCUCCAAACUGCUAAUUCUGUAAAGUAUUUGGAGAUUGGCUAUAGAUGUCCAGUAGAUGCCAGUGUUCUUGGUAAGACAUUGGCAAAAGGCUGGGGUAUUAGAUAAUUGAUUCCCAGUUUACUUCAAAGGCCUUUUCAGGAUUUUAGGAUCCAAAGUGGACCUCAGAAGUAUUUUUUGCCUAAUCACGGUAUGGGUUUUGCUUUGUAUCUUUAAACCUGAAAGAUUUGUGUUUAUCCCCACUGACAGCUCGGAUUCUUUGAAUUACCUAUAUUACUGUGGCUAUUGAGCAGUAUAGAAACGAGAGACAGAACUAUUUUGAACUGUGUAGACUUUCAGUGUCUGGCUAGCAAAUGCACUACCUCUGAAUUCUGUGUGAGCUUGUGCCUGCUUUUGUAGCUCAUACUGCCAACUGAAAGUUUUUGUACCAUGGUUUGCAGCUAAGACCUGGCCUAUAGGAACACAUUUGUGGAUUGUGGAACAUGGCCAUACAGCCCGGAAAACACACAACAACCAUUUGUGGAUUGUUAGAAAAUCUGUCAGUAGCAGACAAAGUUCUGUCUCCUUGCUGUUGCUACUAGUCAGGUUACUAAAAAUCUCAGCAACCUUCUGCAUGUUUGCUGCAGAAUUCUGGAUAUGAGCUACCAGAAAAGUGUGGUGACACUGGUAAAGGAUAGUCUUAUGUCCCAUUCUGAGCUGUAUUAUUGAAGUUCUUGUGUUUAAACAUUUGGACCUUAUUUAAGCUGAAUUUAUUUAAACCUUUCAUUUUCCUAAAAUCAAUGUAAAGAAGAUUUCCAUUGUACAAUAGAACCCUGCUUCUGCCCUUUUCUAAAUAUUCUGCCACCUGUGUCUCACUGAUGAAAGGUAAAGAGGUAUUUUAAUUUACAAACAUGAGAAUCCAAGCCUUAACUUGAUUGUCCACUGGAUGUCAGUGUUCAGCCAGAAAUUCAUCCAAAUGUUAUGAGCAGGAAUACUUCUGAAGGAUUAGAACAACAAGCACUCUUAAAUAUGGGGACAUGUUAGUAGAUUUUUGUUGUCUAAUGUCAGCAUAAAAUUUAUUAGUCAGGAUGAUAAUGUUUAAAAAAGAAGACAAGAUUUAUUAGGAUUGGUACAAAUCUUUUCUGAACAUUUAGCCAUUGUGAGCCUUCCUGUAACAACAGAAUGUUAGUUCGAAUGUUAGUAUCUCAACAGCCGUGUGACUUUCUUUAGUCUUUUAAAUAAGACUGAGCACUGAAUUGCAUGGUUUAAUUAUGUAGCCUGCUGUGGAAGCAACCAGUAGAACCAUGUUCUUAAACUGUAUAUUUUUAUGGAGCAAUUAAUAUUUAAAGUAUUGAGACCAAAAUAAAUAGUUGGGCCAAUCAUGGAGUAUUUUAAUUGUAUUAUAGUAGAUCUUUGUUUGAGCUUCCUCUAUUUUAUAUUUUUUAAAAGAAGAAAAAGGAUCCAUUAAAUAUUACUAUAGAAUUUGUUCACCUAAUAUUUACUGAAUAUAGCAAUGUGUUCUAUUGCUCUUUAAAAGUAAUUUGGGAUAGCCAGGGCUGCUGUAGAAAAGUAAUUUAAGUAAAGUCUUAGAAAAGGUUGCUCGGAGGAAAGGCCCACUAUGUCCAGUGGGGUUUCCACCAAGGUACUUGUACUUAGAAUUGCAACCUGGAAAAAAUCCCGUUCGACUCCCCCAUUCAAAACUUUACUUCUCUGGAGAAAAGUACAGAUUUUCCCAUUGGGAUUUUUCAUUCUUACAUUCACCUUUUGUGAUUUUAUAUUCUGUACGUUUCUGCCUCCAGCAUGUAUUGAAUUAAAAGGUAUGAUGAGAAGAAAGAUAGAUAGUGGGAAUGUAUUUCUUGCCUCUAGUCUUACAAAACAUUUAUAACCAUUGUUUAGAAUUUGAGUGAGUUGGGGCUGAAUUAAUUGUGUUGCCAUGAGAUCGCCAGAAACUCAGAAAGAUUUUUUUAAAAGAGUUGUUAUUUUGUCUUAGUUGCCUCAAUCCAUAAAGUUUAAUAGAUCUUGAGACCAGUUUGAAAACCAAAUUUUAAAAACUAGAUUUAUUCAAGAGUCAAGAAAUGAAAAUAAAGAAUACUACUGAGCACGUGCAGUCACUACCUUGUAUUGGCAUAUGCACAUAUGCAAUAACUUAAUAACCAGCACAGAUUUAAAAGAAAUAAUAUUAUGUAAGUAGUCUCUAUGUACUUAUUGCUGCUUCAGGGCCCUGUGAUGAUUUUUCUUUUUUGGAACAUGAAAAUAAAAAAGUGAAAACCAUA